CAGGUGUAAACAAUGUAAACUUGCAGAGCUUGAAGAUGCAUCCAUAGAUACUACGCAACUCUACCUUAGCUAAAAUUGAUAGAAUGGUGAACUUCUGUGCUGUGUUUGGCUGCAGUCAUAGAUCUGACAGGGAAUUAGGCUGCAGGUUCUUCAGAUUUCCAACAACUACAUCCAAGACUCGUACUCCUAGAGGUGUGACCAUAAAGGAACGGCAGCUCGCAUGGUUACAUGCUAUACGCCGUGAGGACCUUACACAAGCUAACAUUGGGAAUUCUCAUGUCUGUGGUUGUCAUUUCGUUCAAGGUCAUCCUGCUAAUCUAAGAGAAACGAAGAACAUUGACUGGAUACCAACACUUAACCUUGGCUAUACAGUCUUCGACUCAUCCAAUACUGAGUCUGUGAGGAAACGUGAAGAGCGGGUGAUUGACCGAACACAGAGACGAGAACAGCGUGAAGAAGACUUGGAGCAAGCUGAGACAGUACAAGAGAUACAAGACGUGCAUGUUAUCGGUGUAGCAACACAGACAGACCUCACUCAAGAAAAACUUGAUAUGCUUGAAACUGAUUACCAGCAACGGUUGAGAGAUAUUAGAGAAAUGGGGGUGAGACUAAGCGUGAUUAGUGGAAAUGGGUUCCCUUGUGAAGAGGCUCUAUCUAAAGACAACCAGCUGGUUAAUUCCUUCACUGGUGUCUCCUCAUUUGAAGUAUUGAAAGUUGUGUUUAAAUUUGUAGCCCCAGCUGUAACCGUUACUAGCCUCUAUACAGGCUCUCCUUUUUCUGUUCUUUAUCACAAUCGUUCAAUAAGAUAA